AUGACUGCGCUAUUCAUCUCUUCACUCUUCUUACUCGCAGUUUACUCUUCUCAGGUUACUUACACAACUUGUUCAAACAAUCAGAAGCUUGUGGUCAAUUCCAUUGAGGCUAUCCCUUGGCCCCCUGAAAGUGGUGUCACUAUAAUCAUCACUAUGAACAUCACAACUUCAGAAAAGGUUGAGACCUUGAUGCUUGAAAAUGUUUUAGAGUCGAAGUAUGGUAUGUUUUGGGUCGAGCUUUCCACUACCAAAAACAACUUGUGUGACACAACAAUUGAUUGUCCUAUAUUGGGAAACAAGACGUUUAAAAUGGCAAUGGAAAUACCACCAAUGACGCCAACAAAUUCACAAUGGAGAGCAACACUUUCGUUCAAACGUGAGGAGAAUAAAAUUGGUUGUGUUAGGCUUGAUCCAUUCGUUGUUUCGUAA